AUGGAAGAAAAAAGAUAAUAUUUUAUACCUAUCAAAGAAAUAAAUCAAAACUUAUCAUGCAAAAUUUGUAAAAAUGUGGCCUUAAAUGCUAUUGAAUGUUAAACUUGUGAAUAACUUUACUGUGAAGAAUGCGUAAUAUUUUGGAAGAGAAAAAAAAAUGAGUAAAUAUAAAAUUUUUAUAUUCAGAUGUCCUGAAUGUAAAGAAUAAUUUAAGACUAAAUAGCCUCAUAGAUUAAUUCGAGAAGAACUCUCUAAAUAAAAAUUUUCUUGUAUAAAUCAGGGAUGCAAAGUUGAAUUACUUAUGAAUGAGGUAAUUCAACAUAUUAAUGAAUGUUAAUUUAAGAAUGUCAAUUGUAUAUGUGGAUGGAGUGGACCUUAAUCAAAAUAAAAAUACCAUGUAAUUUAAUUUCUAUUUUUAAGGAACAAACUUGUUAAUAAUUUAUUACAAAAUAAUGUAAUAUUUGCAAAGAAGAAAUAAAGUUAUAUAAGUAUUAAAAUCAUAAUUGUUUUUUUGAAUUUUAAUAGAAAUUGGAAAAAAUUACAGAAAAAUUCUAUGAAUAUAAAGAAACAUCAGAAUAUUCUAUAAAAGAAUUAAAAAAUCAAUAAAAUAAGGAAUAUAAUGAAUUACAGAUUAUUAAAGAAUAGAUCAAAGGAAUAGGAUAGGAAACUAAUGAUUUAAAGAAAUAGUUCACAGAUCUGACAUAAUUAUUAAGAUCUUCAGAAUAGAAAUGUAAAUAGCUUCUUGAAGUAUAAUAAUACACUGGACCAUUCAUAACAUAAGGUAAGCUAAUAGAAUCAAAAUCAUUAUAAUGCAGUAAGGAUCAUAUGAUAAAGUAUUGGAUGAAUCCUUAAGGAGAAGAGAAAACAAAGAAAUGUUUAAAGUGUUAGAAAACUUAAGUUAAUUGUAGAUAUUGUUGUCCUAUAUGUGUUUUCUUUGUAUGCUUAAAGUGUUAAGAACCAGAAUUAACAAGGAAUCCUCAUGAGAAUUCUGUUCUUUGUCCUGCAAGACACAAAAUAACAAAGAAGAUUUAAGGACUUAUUUGUACAAUAUGUGAAAAGAAUUCUUCAUAAAUGAGGAACCCUGGAGGUGCAAAUUGUACAGAAUGUGAUUUUGCAAUUUGUUUUGAAUGUUUAGAGAAUGAAAGAUAUAAAGGAAGAGUUUAAUAGUGUCCAGUUCAAUGA